AUGCCUGUGCUCUGGAGGAAGACCUGUCGCGGCCCUCAUGCCGAACAGACUGUAGUUGGGAGUCGAGGAGUAACCCUUAGUGGCGGUCAAAAGCAGAGAGUAGCACUUGCUCGAGCGGUCUACGCUAGACGCAGUAUUAUUUUACUGGAUGAUGUUCUGAGUGCCCUGGAUCAGAAGACCGAAAUACUGGUCGUAAACCGCUUAUUCGGCGAGCAAGGAUUGCUUCGGCGGUUGCAGACUACCAUCCUCCUGGUGACUCACUCCGUGCGCCAUCUCAACAUCGCCGACCAGGUUAUUGUUCUAACUCGGGAGGGAAAGGUCCGAGAGGUUUUGAGCGGCCAGGACAUCCAGAAAAGCAAAACAGACAUAGCGACCUCCGACUACGAGGAGGUCCUCGGUGCGGAGGACGUUGCCGGUGCACCCCAGCCAUCCUCCAAACCACGGCCGAAAAUAAAGGCGCCGGGACCAGAUGACGCAGAUCUAACACGCCAGACUGGUGAUAUGGCAGUCUAUGCGUACUACUUCCGAUCUUUUGGCUGGCCUCGGACAUUUGGCUUCAUAGCUUGUACCGCGUUGUUUACCUUUGCAACCACCUUCCAGCAGAUCUGGCUUCAAUGGUGGACAAACGUGAAUGGAGGUUCUAUUGGAAAAUAUAUGAGCGUCUAUGUUGUCCUGGCUGUUGCCGCUAUGCUUUCCCGCUGUCUAACCUUCUGGUGGGCUCUGAUCUGGAUGUCGCCAAUCUCCUCUCUCAAUCUUCAUCGAAUCCUUCUGCGGGUUGCUGUUGGCGCGCCUUUAUCUUUCUUUGCAAAAACCGAUAGUGGUGUAAUAUUGAACCAGUUCAGCCAGGACAUCAGUUUGAUUGACCGAGUAUUACCUCUUUGUCUGAUUCGCAUGGUUGUCCAGAUUUUCCAAAUCCUUUCCCAGACAGCACUUAUCGCGAUGGGCUCAUCUUACAUGUCCGUUUGUAUUCCAAUCUGUGCCGUCACCGUGUACUGGCUGCAGCGGUUCUACCUCCGCACGUCGCGCCAACUGCGAUUCCUCGAUCUCGAGUCCCGGAGCCCGCUGUACAGUCAUUUCCUGGAGACCCUAGAGGGCCUGUCCACACUUCGUGCGUUUGGCUGGCAGGAGAAAUUCCAGGAGACCAACACCAAGCUGCUGGACACCACCUAG